CGCUGUCGUGAAAGGGCGGCGGCAGCCAAUAGGAGGGCGGCGGGGCAGGGUCACGUGACCGGAAGAGAGGCGCGGAGGAGAAGCGGGAGCGUAGCCAUGACGUCGGCGCUGACGCAGGGGCUGGAGCGGGUCCCGGCUCAGGCCGGGUACCUCGUGAUCAGCGACGGCGCCGUGCUGGCGUCCUCGGGGGACCUGGAGAACGACGAGCACACGGCCACCGUCCUGCAGGGCCUGGUGGCCACGGCCCUGGGGCUGCGGCUGCCCCGUGGCCACGAGCCCCCGUUCCGCCGCCUCUCGGUGGUGUUCGGGGAGCACUCCCUCCUGGUCACCGUCUCGGGACAGAAACUCUUCGUGGUCAAGCGCCACCACCACGUCCAGGAGCCGGUGGCCGUGUGACCCAAACGUCCCCAAAUGUCCCCAAAUGUCCCCAGAGGAGCUGGCACCGCCCCCUGUCCCCAAAAGUGUUCCCAAAUGUCCCUCUCCGGGGACAAUAAACGGCGUCCGAGUGUG